AUGGAACCAACAAGCCAUCACAUACCCUACUACCCCUGCGAGACUAUCGGUCCCGUAACCCAUACCCAUUUCACCCGCCCCACGACUACCUACUGGCAAGAAAUAAUUCCUACAGCAUCCGUUGCUUCCCUCCCAUAUUCAACAACUCCUCCCUAUCAAUACUCCUUCGCCGCGUCUCUUACUCCAGACACAAGCCUACUUCUUCCUAUCAGACCACUAGGCGAUAGCACUGAUCGCAUUGCUGUUUGUUCAUUGGCAUUACCGCAUGCUUCGAUGAAGGUUGUGAGGGAACUGGCGAGGAUAGUAGCAAGUAAGAUAAGGAAGUUCAACCCGGAAGUUGUGAUGGGAUUGCCGACUGGUGGAUUGGUUUUGGCGCCUUUUGUAGCAGAAGAAUUAGGAUUUGAUCGUCACAUCCCAUGGGGUUACUCCAAGAAACCCUGGUAUGGAGACCAACUCACCACCAAGAUAUCAUGUCUCUUCGACAAACCAGGCCAGGGACCACCGGUCUAUCUCGAUCCUAAUCUUCUGUCGUUGGUUAAAGGGAAGAGAAUAGCGUUGAUUGAUGACGUGAUUAGUUCUGGGACUACUAUGAGCGCUAUGUUGAAAUUUUUGACUGAUAAAGAGAUCAUUGAUGAAGAAGCACCGGAAGGACUUGCGAUUGAUAAGACUAAUAAGGGGGCGGCGGAUGCUAAGACCAGAGAGGGUGGGAUGGGACUGAAUGUUGUUUGUAUUGGAGUGGGAAUGUUACAGGGAGAGGUGUAUAAGAAGGAGUUGAGUGCAGAUGUUGUGAGGAUGUUAGUAGGAGCUGUGGAAAGUCCGUUAUUGAAAGCAGUUGAAGGAGGCUGGAUUCAAAGAUGA